AUGGAAAAGAAGAGAAAGAGGGAGGGAGAGGUUUUGGAAUUUAAAAUUUUUCAAAUUAUCAUCUUAUUGUUGUGGCUAACCACAGCAGAAUCAGUAGCAAAAUAUCCUCUUGCAAAGCCUGGCUGUCAAGAAAGAUGCGGGAACAUUUCCAUCCCCUACCCCUUCGGAAUUGGGUCCAAUUGCUCCAUUGCUGAUGAUUUUGCAGUAACUUGCGACCACUCUUUCAAUCCACCCAAACCUUUUAUUAACAGCAUCAAUCUAGAAGUGCUGAAGAUUCCAAUAAUUGGGUCAACGGUCCAAGUUAACAAUCCAGUUAUCACUUACAAUUGUUCCGGUAGAGCUGACGGUAAAGACGUUGACUUGUGCGAGACGUCGUUUACGUUCUCUCACACGUACAAUAGAUUCACAGCCAUGGGUUGCAACAACCUUGCCCUAGUAGUCCGUGGAUCAGACAUUAGAACCGGUUUCAUGUCGAUUUGCAACGCUUUUCUUCCUCCUUCUCAGAGUGAUGAAACAGGUUGCUAUGGGAUAAACUGCUGCCAGACCAGAAUCCUGCGUGGCCUUAGGAUGGUUAAUGCCUCUCUAAGAAGCAUUGAUCCGAACAACAAUCAACAUGGUUGCAAGUACGCAUUCAUGGUUGACAACCAAUGGUUUAGCGAUAAAGAUAUCUUUAAUGUAUUUAAUGUAAGUGAAACGGAAUAUGUUCCUGCAGUGCUGGAUUGGGUGUAUCGUAAUGGGACUGCAAUAUCAGUGAAAAUUUCUGUGGCGCUAAUGCUCACGCUUAUACAAUAAUGCCGGUAGUUCGAGGAGCGCCGAAUGCUUUUGUCAUAAAGGCUAUGAAGGGAACCCUUAUCUUUCUAGUGGAUGUUAACAUAUUGAUGAGUGCAGCAACCUUAGUCUCAACCGUUGUGAGAGAUUUUGCUUGAAUGCUCCUGGGGGCUAAAAUUGUUCUUGCCCUGAUGGGUAUCUCUCUCUUGGAUACAGUUGCCUGAAAUUGCCUAACAACGGCAAUUCUUGGACCAAAGUGAUUAUUGCAAGUACUUGCUUAGGUCUUGGAGUAUUACUUCUGCUAAUUAUUUGUUUGUGGUGGUUGUGCUGAGAAGUUAAUAGAAGAAAGGAAGCAAAGCUUAAGGAAAAAUUCUUCUAACGAAAUGGUGGUUUGUUACUACAGCAGCAGUUAUCAUCAGACGAGGGUAAUUUUUUGAGACAACCAAGUUAUUCACAUCAAAGGAGUUGGAGAAGGUGACGGACAAUUACAAUGCUAAUCGAAUCCUCGGCCAGGGAGUCCAAAGGACUGUUUAUAAAGGGAUGUUACCAGAUGGAAGAAUUGUAGCGAUUAAAAUGUCAAAAGUAGUGAAUGAAGGCAAACCUGAGCAAUUUAUCAAUGAGGUGAUCAUUUUAUCCCAUAUAAACCAAAGAAAUGUUGUUAAGCCAUUUGGAUGUUGUUUGGAGACAGAAGUUCCUAUGCUAGUUUAUGAAUUCAUCCCUAAUGGAACCCUUUUUGACUAUAUCCAUGACCAAAAUGAAGAGUUCCCUCUAAUUUGGGAUUUGCGAUUACGAAUCGCUACAGAAAUUGCAGGAGAAAUAUCUUACCUUCACUCAGCAGCUUCCAUAGCCAUCUACCAUCGGGACAUCAAGUCCACAAACAUACUCUUGGAUGAAAAAUUCAGAGCAAAAGUCUCCGAUUUUGGCAUUUCAUGGUCAAUUUCUAUUGACAAAACUCACUUGACCACAGCAGUGCAGGGUACCUUCGGCUACUUGGAUCCGGAGUAGUUCCAGUCCAACCAAUUCACAGAAAAGAGCGAUGUUUACAGCUUUGGGGUGGUACUUGUUGUGCUCCUUACUGGAAAAAAACCGAUUUUGUUAGGCAAGUCUAAUGAAGGGGGAUGCCUAACAGCACACUUCCUAUUGACAAUGAAGGAGAACCGGUUGUAUGAUAUUCUCAAUGCUCGAGUUGUGAAAGAGGAUGGAAAAGAAGAGAUUUUGGCAUUCGCUAAUAUCGUGAAAGGAUGCUUGUACUUGAAUGGAAGCAGCAGACCGACAAUGAAAGAGGUUGUAAUGGAGGUUGAUGGGAUCGGAAUGUCAAAUGGGGCAACCACCACUGUUAAACAAAGUUAUGAUAAGGUUGAGUAUGCAACAGAGGAUGACCUUACUAGACCUUGGGAGGCUGAUUCUACUUCGACAGGUUCAUUUCAUCGCACAAUGGAUAUCCAACCUCUGUAGCUUGACAAAGCCUCUAGCUCAUUGUGAGUCCUACACAUGAUUAAAUGUUGGUAGUCAUAAUAUCUGUUGUUUUUGAGGUGUCCUGUAUCAUACUCUACAAUCAAUGCUCCUACAUGGUUUUUGCGCGAAGUAAUUGAAAGCCUUGUUAGAAAUAAGUGUAUCAAUCUCUCUCCAUCACUUUGCGAAGUGUGCAACAGAAUAAAGGCUGCUUUGGGGGAUUUUAGCAUUGUAAUGCUUUGUGUAUGGUUGAAUUUUUCUUCCAUUCGGCCUCUGGACCAUUUUA